CCUCUCUCACGCUCAUUUUCCCAUAGAUACAAACACAGUGGCUCUCUUAGAAGAGAGGGGGGUGACGUCCCCUCCAGACGAUGCAGGAAAACACAUAACGUUCCUGUUGGAUCGCUGCUGUUGACUUUGAGAAUCAUCAGAGGCUGAGCUGGUGGAUUUUAUGUUACAGAGACAGAUAAACACUGGACAGCAUGUCCAAUGAAGAAAAGUGGGUCACUUUGAGUCCAAAUGAAUUCUCUCUUCUUCAAGACUAUGCACAAUACACAACUAAGAAACUAAAAGAUGUUCUCCAGGAGUUUCACAGAGAUGGGAUUCUGGCCAAGUAUAAUCCUGAAGAGAAACCAGAAAUCCUCAGUCAGCAGGAAAUUGACUUUGAGGGUUUCAAGCUCUUCAUGGAGACCUUCCUGGAGAAUGAACUUGCUGAUGAUUUCUGUCAGCAUCUCUUCCUCAGUUUCUGCAACAAAGACCCCAAACCAAGCCCCUCCAUGACAGACAAGCAGAGAAUCAUGGGUCUAAAACUUAUGAAGGGAAGCUGCACGCUGGUGAAUGUGACAUCCCCGUCCAAACCUCUCGGCACCAUCCAGUUGAAGGAUAUGAUCUGCUACCUCUCUCUGCUGGAGUCCGGACGACCAGAAGACAAACUGGAAUUCAUGUUUCGCCUUUAUGACGCAGAUGGGAACGGGUUUUUAGACAGUAAGGAACUGGAGCACAUUAUCUGUCAGAUGAUGCAUGUUGCGGAGUAUCUGGAGUGGGACGUCACAGAACUGAAGCCGAUUUUGGAGGAGAUGAUGCAGGAGAUUGACUAUGACCGUGAUGGGAUGGUUUCUCUUGAAGAGUGGGUCCAGGGUGGCCUAACCACCAUUCCUCUGCUAGUGCUGCUGGGACUCGAAACUAAUGUAAAGGAUGACGGGCAGCAUGUGUGGAGACUGAAGCACUUCAGUAAACCUGCAUACUGUAACCUGUGUCUGAAUAUGUUGAUCGGAUUGGGAAAGCAAGGCCUUUGCUGCUCCUUCUGUAAGUACACCGUUCAUGAGAGAUGUGUGGCUCGAGCUCCCCUGUCCUGCAUCAAAACAUACGUCAAAUCUAAGAAAAACACAGAGAUUAUGCAUCAUUUCUGGGUUGAGGGAAACUGUCCAAGCAAGUGCGAUAAGUGUCACAAAACUGUCAAGUGUUACCAGGGUCUUACGGGCCUUCACUGUGUCUGGUGCCAGAUUACUCUGCACAACAAAUGUGCUUCACAUGUCAAGCCCGAAUGUGACUGUGGAUCACUGAGAGAUCACAUACUUCCUCCAAACACAAUAUGCCCUGUUGUACUGGGGAGACAGUCCACUCUGAGAAAAGACUCCAGCCAAUCAGGAGGCCGGGGAAAAAUACAAAGGACUAAUUCAGUAUCAGUGGAUGGACAGGGGCUACAGAUUACGCCAUUAGAAGGAACUCAUCCGUUGUUGGUUUUCGUCAACCCUAAAAGUGGAGGCAAACAAGGUGAAAGGAUCUUCCGAAAGUUCCAGUACCUCCUGAACCCUCGUCAAGUCUACAACCUGGCCAAGAACGGCCCCAUGCCUGGCUUAAAUUUCUUUCGAGAUGUUCCAGAUUUCAGAGUCCUGGCCUGUGGUGGAGAUGGUACUGUUGGAUGGAUUCUAGAUGUUAUAGUUGAUGCAUCCAUCGCUCAUCGAUUCCACAUUAUGCGAGAGAAACAUCCAGAAAGGUUUAACAGCAGGACGAAGAAUAAGCUUUGGUACUUCGAGUUUGGAACCUCAGAGACCUUCUCGGCAACUUGCAAGAAGUUGCAUGAUUAUCUUGAGGUGGAGUGUGAUGGUGUCACCCUGAACCUCAGCAGCAUCUCAUUGGAGGGCAUUGCCAUCCUGAAUAUUCCCAGCAUGCAUGGCGGUUCCAACCUAUGGGGAGAGAGCAAGAAACAGAGGGGUCUCCGUCGAACAGGGAAGAAGUUUCCGGAAAAGAAGACCCCAAUUAUUGAACCCAAACAACUUGUUAUUGCUGUCCAAGACCCGUCUGAUCAGCUGUUGGAGGUGGUGGGGCUGGAGGGGGCAAUGGAAAUGGGGCAGAUCUACACAGGUCUGAAGAGCGCAGGCCGACGUCUGGCCCAGUGUACCUCCAUCAUUAUCAGAACCAGUAAAGCCCUCCCUAUGCAAAUUGAUGGUGAGCCAUGGAUGCAAAGCCCUUGCACUAUUACAAUUGUUCAUGAGAAUCAGGCCCGUAUGCUGAUGGGUCCUUCUCAAAGCUCUGGCUUCUUCUCCUUCUUUCGGCGUGACCACAGAGGGGGCAAAGACUGACAACCCACGACACCUGAGAUCAACACUACACCUGCUGGAGAGUUCAUGUGAACGGUGAAAACCGAAAUAUGCGACAUCUAGAUUUCAGCUGAUCACUUCAGCCACCAGUUUACUGGCUCAGCUAUUUGAUUAAACUGCCAUUAUACAGUACAAGCCAAGUACAGGGAGGAAAAGGCCAG